AUGUCAGACUCGUCCACCUUUAUUGUAGUCUACUUUUCCGCAGAGUGGCUACAGAAGCUCAGCGACAGAUAUCGAAAGACGACCGAGCAAGCGCAGUUACCAGGUAACCAGCUUACAACGCUGCAGACGGCAGCUUGGGAACUGACCAACCAAUAUCUCCGUAACUGGAUUUCGGCUCCAAACGAGGCCUCUGGCCAUCUUGCACACGUCCUCCAAGCCCACGCCGAGCCCGAACAGCAGGCAAUCCUCCGCGGCCUGAUCUUCCAGAAACCGACUCUUGCUCAGACUUACCACCAGGCACAAACUCUCCUCCCCCGCUUCGAUCGGGCGGUCGCCCGUCGUGGACGAAUCGAGAAGAAGAAGACUAAGGAUAUCUUCUAG